AUGUCUGAAGAAACAAAUUCAAACAAAACAAUUAAAACCGAACCGAUCGAUGAUUAUCCUCAAGUGAAACAGGAAUUUGAUGAUUGUGAAAAUACAUCAGAUUUCUGUCUGCAGCAAUUUCUUAAAUCCGAGGUUACAAUUGACGAGGAAAUCAAACUAGAGACGAUUGACGACCAAGAUGAUGUGACUAGUACAAACAAAACUGUAUUAGAUGAAAAUUCUUCUCUAUGUAAAGAAGAGAUCAGUGAAUCAAGUAUGAUAGUAGAUAGUACGAACAAAUCAACAGAACAAGUUUCAGGAAAUCGUAAGACAACUAGUAAGUUGAAAUAUAAAUGUGAAUCAUGCAGUAAAACAUUUGUAUCAAAACAAGGCUUACAAAAACAUGAAAUGAUUCACACUGGGGAACGCCCUUAUGAGUGCAAAAUAUGCAAUAAAAGAUUUUCACAGUCAAGUAAUUUAAGACAGCAUUUAUCAAUAAGUUAUUUAAGACAGCAUUUAUCAAUUCAUACUGGAGAAUGUCCUUACGUGUGCGAAAUAUGCAAUAAAACAUUCACGGCAAAAAAUAGCUUAAUCCGACAUGAAAUGAUCCAUACUGGAGAACAGCCUCAUGAGUGCAAAAUAUGCAAUAAAAGAUUUGCACUGAUAGGUAAUUUAAUAUCUCAUUUAUCAGUGCAUAGUGAAGAACGACCUUAUGAAUGUGAAAUUUGCAAUAAAAAAUUCAAAACAAAACAAACAUUAACUCAACAUGAAAUAGUACAUACUGGAGAACGCUGUCAUGAGUGUAAUAUAUGCAAUAAAACAUUUUCACAGUUAAGUAGUUUAAAACAGCAUUUAUCAGUGCAUACUGAAGAACGCCCUUAUGAAUGUGAGACAUGCAAUAAGACAUUCAAAACUAAACAUUCAUUAAGGCAACAUGAAAGAAAACAUUCUAUAGAGCAAACUGUAAAAAAACAGUCAACAAAACUGAUAAAUUAG